AUGCCUUGGGAUCCCGUACGACUGAAUGACGGUCAUUCGAUUCCAGAUAGGUUCGGAACGUGGAAACUCGGCAAUGGACAAAGUUCAGUGGACCAAGUUGAUCAAGCUUUGUCCGUGGGAUUCAGUCAUAUCGACACCGCUCAGUUCUACGCAAACGAAGAACAAGCCGGCAUCGCCAUACGUGAAAGUGGGUUGGCGCGAAGCGACAUCUUCGUGACGACCAAGUAUUCGGGGGUUGGCGGGUUGGAUAUCGAGACUUCCGUUCAGAACAGUUUGAAGAAGCUCGGCCUAAGUUACAUCGAUUUGUAUCUUAUCCAUCAACCCUACCUCGCUCUUCCUGAUAUUCCAACCACUUGGAAGAAGAUGGAAGCGCUCAAGGACCAGGGCUUGGUCAAGAGUAUCGGCGUCAGCAAUUUUGAAGUAUAUCAUCUAGAAAUAUUGCUUGCCUCUGCCAAGAUCAAGCCAGCUGCUAACCAGAUUUUGCUCCAUCCAUACGUCAACGCCAGGCAGGCUCCUCUCCUUGAAUAUUGCGCGGCACACAACAUCGUUGUCGAAGCGUACAGCGUGCUUAUCCCCGUUACAAGCCAGCCUGGUGGUCCAGUUGACGCGCCUGUCAACUCAAUAGCUGACAGGCUUGGUGCAAGUGCGGAUCAAGUUCUCCUAGCUUGGGCUAAAGCAAAGGGGGCGGUCGUCGUCACGAUGAGCACGAAGAAGUAUAGGCUAGAGGGAUAUCUCGCUGCAGGGGAUCUGCUUCUUACACCCGACGAUAUUGCCAGAAUCGACGAGGCAGGCGCGAAAGGCCUCAAGCAGAACCAUGCCUUUGCGUUUAUGCGCCGACUUGCUUUGGUUGCUUUGGCGGGUGGAGCUGCGCUGGGAGUCUGUGGAUACUUGGGUAUUGACUUGUUCUGA